AUGCCUUCGUCAAAGGGAAAGCCCACGGACCCGGAAUUGCGCGAGGAGCUGAAAGAGGAGAUCAAGCAGGAACCCAACAAGUCUGGCGGCGGCGAGGGCCAGUGGUCCGCAUGGAAGGCCAACAAGCUGGCCAAGGAGUACGAGAAGCAGGGAGGCGACUACGAGAACGAGGCCGGGUCCAAGAAUGAGCCCAAGAAGGGCGUGCCCGAGGAGAAGAGCGAGAGCAAGAAGCGGUACGAGACUCGGUCGUCAGACAAGUAA